AUGGAGAGCCGAACGAUCACUGAGGGAUAUAUUGAUGCAUGCCUCCUGUCCUCUUUCCUCAUGGGCCGCUAUGAGGGCACUACACAAUGUCUCAUACCAGAUUCAGCGGAAAGUUUGAUUGAAACACGGAAUUGGUCUCACUACGAUGGCCUGAUGGCUAUAUUGAAGAUCUGGCACGAAAAGAUGAGCCAACACAAGCCGUCGACGAUUGUGAAGUAUAUCCGAAGACAGCUUCGCAAAUUCUUCCUUCUCCGACGUUUCCGACUGCCUGAUUGGGUACUAGAUGGCGGCGCGUUUGGUGAGGCUGGUCUGGAACUCGAUUACGACCGUAUUCUGGUGAAAUCGAUCAACCUAAGAUAUGAGACCCUUCUGCUUUCAGAAAGUGAUUCUUUUGCGCUUCCCAAAGCUAGAGCUUGCUACGCCGAAGCCACGAGGCUUGAGACCGCACUUAUGGCAUGGAUAGCACAAGUUUCUAGCUCAUAUCGAGGCCAUAUUCUUUCUAAACCUUGUCGGUGGCCCCGGGAGCACUUUUUCAAUCUGCAGAUUUACACGUACCACAGUAUCGGCAAUGCCGCCAUAUGGCUUGAGUUCUUCGCAACAAGAAUGCUUAUUAUUAGUGUCAAGUUAAGACUUCUCGACGCCUGGUGCAACGGUGCCACUUAUACGGAGCAGCGUAUGAACUGUCUCAAUACCUUGAAAGAGAUGGGAAAUAGCAUAGCUUCAAGUAUACCAUUUUGUCUUGAACAGAUCAGGGUGGUAGACGGAGAUCCAGUUCUAACCGUAGCUUCGAAGGUUCCCUUGCAGAACGAACAGAUCAAACCAUACCUUUCUAGCACGCUUAUCUGGCCACUGACCGUUGGAUCGAGCCUUGACUGCAUAGACGCCGGACAAAGGCGAUGGUUCAAGUCCGAACUUGCUGCCAUCGGAGCAUCAAUUGGCGAUGGUCUCUUAGAGCAUGCAACAACCGAUCAAUGGGUCAAACUUUGA